AUGGGGUGUUCGGUCGUGAUAGCAAUUAUAAAGGAGUUGGCUUUAUGGAUUCUCCAUUUCAGCGUAAUCGUCUCCCGUAGCGUCGGCGACCUGUUCUCGGCAGUCCUGGUAGCUGCCGUCUCGUUGAUGGCCAAUCGGAAUUCGGCCUCGUUCGCAGUGCUGGCCCUAUUCCUUUACGUCGCGACCUUCGGCUUCGUUCAGCUCAGCCUGUCCCACAUUUUGGUGAUUGUGCUGCGACAGAUCAGCCUCCUCCGCCCGUACGGCUUCGAAUCCGCUUUCUCGCUUCGUCGUCUCGUGGCUUGUCUCGUAGUCCUCUGGCUGUUGGCGAUUUUCUACGCAGCAGCUUUUGCUCCCCUGACCACCGUGAUCUUGGACCCCAGGAAGGCAGCUGGAGUAUGCUCCUACUUCUCCUGCCAGCGUCCGCUGAUCAUCAUCGCCAUCGUGCUGUUGGCGUUUUUGAUGAUGACCGUACUGCUCUUCUACGUUACUGUUGCGUAUAAGCUCUACGCAGCGUCGAUUCAGGAGCGACUCCACAACGAGCCCAACGUCACCAAGAAGAAGCUGCGCCACUUCAUUAUUUUUGGAGGACAUAUCGUACUUUACACCUUGAUUUGCUCCCUGCUCCUUGCCGGAGCCAUCAUUAUCCAGAAUAACAUCUGGCUUUUUCAUAAGGUCGUCAACUCGCAGAAUUGUUUGCUUGUUGAGUACCUGAACACGAUGAUCCGGUUGGAGACGAUAGCCGGCGGGGCGGUGCUCUUGUGGAUGGUUCGCAUCGCCGCCGAUGUUGCCCUUCUUUGGGUAACCGAAUACCGCCGAUUACUGCCUUGGAUCUCUAGAAACGAGCCGAAAAUGCUCCCCAGCAGCCAGCACUCCCGCUCCGACAGUCUUCGUUGGCACCGAACCCCAGCUACUUUCAACUGUCCGGUAUACACGCUGGAGCGCCCCUACGGCAAGUGGGACUUCAAGAAU